GAAGAAAAGAAGAUUCUCUUCUAUCACCCAAAUGAAGUAGAAAAGAAUGAAAAAAUUAGAAAUGUGGGACUGUGUGAAGCUAUAGUGCAGUUCACAAGGACCUUUAGUCCAACAAAACCUGCAAAGUCCCUACACACACAGAAGAACAGACAAUUUUUCCAUGAACCUGAAGAAAACUUCUGGAUGGUCAUGGUUGUACGGAAUCCCAUCAUAGAAAAACACAAAGAUGGAAAGCCAGUCUAUGAAUAUCAGGAAGAAGAAUUACUGGACAAGGUUUAUAGUUCAGUCCUACAGCAGUGCUACAGCAUGUACAAGCUUUUCAAUGGCACAUUCCUGAAAGCCAUGGAAGAUGGAGGUGUGAAAGUUCUAAAGGAGAGACUAGAAAAAUUCUUCCAUCGGUACCUGCAGACACUGCACUUACAGUCCUGCGAUCUGCUCGAUGUGUUUUGUGGAAUCAGCUUCUUUCCACUGGAUAAAAUGACUUACUUGAAAAUUCAGUCAUUUAUUAAUAGGAUGGAAGAAAGCCUGAGCAUAGUCAAGUACACUGCAUUUCUCUACAAUGACCAGCUUAUCUGGAGUGGACUAGAGCAAGAUGACAUGAGAAUUUUGUACAAAUAUCUCACCACAUCUCUGUUUCCGAGACACAUGGAGCCUGAGUUAGCAGGAAGAGAUUCUCCAAUACGUGCUGAAAUGCCAGGAAACCUACAACACUAUGGAAGGUUUCUUACUGGACCUUUAAAUCUUAAUGACCCAGAAACAAAAUGCCGUUUCCCCAAAAUAUUUGUUAACACUGAUGACACUUACGAAGAGCUUCAUUUAAUUGUUUAUAAGGCCAUGAGUGCAGCUGUCUGCUUUAUGAUUGAUG